AUGAGAGUGUUCAGAGAGCUCACAGAAGAUGGCGUCCUUGGGACCAACCAGCUGCCUCCCACAGCUCAACCCAGUUCACUAUCACGGGCCCAACAAUUCAUCAACAAGUGGGAGCUCCAGUGCAUGCUGUUGGCGAGCUUCUCCUUGCAAGUGUUCCUCUUGUUCUCCUCUGGCUUCCGCAAGCGCUACAGCUCCCGUGUUCUCAGUGUGCUUCUGUGGCUUGCCUACCUGUCAGCUGACCCUGUUGCGGUCUAUAUCCUUGGCCGCCUCUCACUACGCGCCAGUGCUGCUGACCUGCACAACCAGCAGAAGCUAGUCCUAUUCUGGGCACCCUUCCUGCUGCUCCACCUCGGUGGGCAAGAGACCAUGACGGCCUUCUCCAUGGAGGACAACACUCUCUGGAAGCGCCACCUGCUGAGCGUUGCCACCCAGAUGGUGACGGUUAUCUACGUUGUAAGCAAGCAACUGCAAGGAGACAGUCAGCUCGUCGCUCCCAUGGUGCUUGUGUUCAUCUUUGGGAUAGCCAAGUAUGCCGAGAGAAUUUGGGCACUCAGGAGAGCUGGCUCUGUGGCACCUGGAACAAGUAGCUCUACUGCAAAUCUUGUUUCUCGUGCCUCCAGCAACGCCAUCUGGGAUACACAGGGAUAUUACAGUCAGUUGUGCUAUCUUAUUGAAAAAAAGCAACAAAGAAAUUUCAAGCUCAUUCUGGCUGUAGCAGCCGAGGGAUUCAGAUUAAGCCUGGGGUUUUUCAUGGACAUGACACCUUCAAUUUCUCUGCUUCCUGAGGAUAUCAAUGAGAUCAAAAGGAGUGUGGAGGUUUUUAAAUUAUCAGAGGAUUUUGUCCACAUGUCAUACAAGUUGGCUGAGAUCAAUCUCUCCCUGAUAUAUGACUACUUGUACACCAAGUUUGGGACGCGCCAUUUCCACAUCGUCCCAUUUUGUAUUGUCUUCCACUUGAUCAUUAAUCUUGCUCUAAUCUCUACAGCACUCGCGUUGUUUGUGAGGGCCAUGGCUGGACAAAAGGCACAUGAUGCAGCUGAUAUUAUCAUAUCUUACAUACUUCUUGUUGGCGCCAUUGUGCUGGAGAUAUGUUCUAUCUUCAUGUCAUUCAUCUCAUCAUGCUGGGCAUACAAGACGAUCAUCACUCUUCCACUAACAUGUCCACUGUGCAAAAAAUUUCCUGGUGUAAUUGCAGCAUUGCUCAGCAUGGUCAGGCAUCUCCAUGAACACAAUCGAGGAGAGUGGUCAAGAAAGCUGGCUCAGUACAACAUGAUCGAGGGUUGCAUCCAGGAGAAACAGGCAGGUGCUGGCCUGUUGCGACGGGCGAUGCGCUGUAUUGGCAUCGAUGACAGCAAAGCCAUCAAACAUAUUGGCGUUUCUCCUGAGGUCAAGAAGUUGGUCCUUGACAAACUGUUGGAGAUAGCCUCCACUUCGCUCGUGCUGGAAUGGGACCUUGGUGUGGGCAAGUUCCGUGGCCAGUGGGCUCAGUGGGUGGUUGCAGCGAAGCAAGACCAUCUCCGUAGGGCAGCUGAGCAAGUGCUUCUGGUUAGUAACAUCCAAGGUCUGGAAUUUGUGUCAAGCGCCCUUCUUUGGCACAUGGUCACGGACAUAUGCUUGCUUGUUGAUGAGGAUGAAGACAGCGGUGCUGAGCUGAGAGGCCCUACCAGAGUGCUAUCUGAGUACAUCAUGUACCUCAUUGCAGAGUGUGGCACCAUGGCUGGCAGCGAAGGGCAUUUCGUGCUCAGGAAGGGCCGCCGUGAAGUUACACGUUGGCUGCGUGAGAAGAGUGAAUCAGGAGGUGAUCGGAAGAAGCUGAUCGAGGAGAUACGCAAUGAGGAGAACUCCUUCUUCGCUAAUGAUUAUUACCCUUUGCUCGAUCGAGCUCGCAGGGUAUCCUCCGACUUGCUUGUUAUCGAAGAGUCUGGCGAUCGAUGGGAGCUCAUUGCUGCGGUGUGGCUGGAGAUGCUUUGCCACAUUUCGUACAACUGCGGGGCUGGUUUCCACGCCAAGCAGCUGACAGCUGGUGGGGAGUUCGUCACGCACGUCAAGAUGCUCCUGUUUAUGCUAGGCGUGCCCUUUCUGAGGGAUGUGAAGGAACCGUUAUUCUAUAGAGCCGGGAACCUCUAUUCAUAAG